AAUGGCUAAAAUCGAAAGCAGAAAUGUCAGUCAAUUCCACCAGUUUAAAGGGAAAUACGACAAAACACGCAACAUGUGUUUACCACAGAACUGUCCGUCAAACUCCGAAACAUUUUACACUCCAUAUCAACACAGUCAGCGAAGAAUUGGUUUACAAUGUCACUUAACUCCACUGAAGAUGAGCUCUGAGACUCGGAUGAAGCAGCUUCUCCACUGUAUACUUUCACGCCCAACUAUUAAAGGUGUACUUGAUGCUGAUCGUUACAAACAUUACUCUGACCAGUACAUUUUGGUCCAUGCACUGGUUUACAUGAAGCAAACAAAUACACAGUCUCUUGAAGACUUGGAUGUCCUAGCAUUUCUGGGUCUAGCUGUAGACAUGUUGGAGGACUUCAGUAGUGAGAUCUUUCACAUGAUGGUGGAGCGAUAUGUUAUCCAGUUGUUGCUGUGCAAUGAAAAUCCAGAAAUCUUCCAAUGUCAUGAAUUGUCAAGAAUUGUACUACAGAUAAUGAUAGGUGUGAACAAAAAGAAAACAGAAAUACUUAAGCAGCUAGAUUACAAUGCUCAUGUUGACGUCAACUCCGAAGAAUACCAGAAAUAUGACUCCAUGGUAGAUGACAUGUUCCGUCAGACACAAAACUCUAGGGCUAGACGGCCUCUUCAGCUCUACAAAGUGGAGGGAAUAGUGCGCUACAGUGAACUGGUUCAGAGGGAUUGGUUUACAGGCCACCGACAAGCAAGACAAAUCAUCAACAGUUGUCUAGCAAAGAGGAAAUGCCGACAACAGAUCCAAGACCCUUACUACUUCACUGGAGAGCAGGACAACUCCUUUCAAGUGUCUUCUAACGCUUCAGCUUCCAUCUAUUGAACCAUCUUAUUUAAUCUAGCUGUACAAUUUUAUGAUUCGUAUCCGAUUAAGUUAUUAGCUUAUUCAUUAUUAAUUGGUAUAAUGCGGUGACCAAAAG